AUAACCACGUGACUGUAGCCAGUUACCUAAGUCUUUCAACGGGUCUGCCUGCCUGACGUAGAGUCAAGUAAUUGCAGAGGUGAACAUGGCUGAUGUGUCGGAAAGGACAUUACAAGUUGCAAUAUUGAUUUCCUUUGCAUCGGGGUUUGUUGCAGGUUGGCAGGCCAACAGAAUGAGAAGGAAAUUCCUCGACUGGAGGAAGAAACGUCUACAAGACAAACUGUCAGAAACACAGAAGAAACUGGAUUUAGCAUAAGGCAACUGUUCGUAUUUUGUGGAUUUUAAGACUACUUGAGGAACAACCAGGAAAUUCCAGUUGUCAUUCGCAGUCCACUAUGAGGUGUCAUUGAUACGAACAGCACCAAGAGCCUGAAUAGGGUGCAUCUCCUGCAGACACGCAGAAGAACUGGAAGAACCAGCAAUGGGACUGAAGCUAACUGAUAUGACUUGCCUUUCUACAACCACGUGUUAUACUGUGUGGUUUUAUAGCCAAAAUGUGUGCUCUGGUGUUGGCCUGCCCUUGAAUACCUUCCUGGUUGUAACCAUUCUUAACUUAAAUUACUGUUUUUGCAGUAAAAUCAGUAUUUGAACUUUUAUGGCUCACAAAUUAUCGAAAAAAUUAACAGUUGAGUGCAUUUCUCUUUCAAUUUCUUUUCAUUUUGAAAGUGGGACACUUUGUUUAACUUUAGCUGUAGAUACUGUGCAACUUAACUCAACUAUUGAUUGAAUGGUGAUAAUAAAUGUCGCAAAUGUAUAGGUAUCAAAUGAGCUUUAAACACUGCUUGUUCAUCCA